AUGCGAUUCGAAGAAGAGUUUGGUAAUUUCAACGAGAAAUGACCAUUUAUUAUCAUGUUUAUUUUUAUUAUAUCUACUAGGCCAUUUUUGCUACAUUGUGAAGAUUCCACUAUAAAUAAAGUAAUAGAAGGUUCACUCGAAGUUCCCCAUAAGGAUGAAGAGCAAGUAAAAUUAGAUGUAAUAAGAUCAUUUAAUUCUUUCCCAAAAAGUAUAAAGAAAUAUAGAAUAUUAAUAAUAUUAAAACAGCUUAAUUAAAAGAAAAAAAAAUAAAAUAAAAUAAUAACCAUGAUAGAUAUAGACGAAGAAGAUAAAAGGAAACUUGAAGGACAGUUGAAUAGAGUGAUUGUUCAUGUUUUAAGAUCUUAUCCGUCAUUACAUUAUUAUCAGGGAUAUCAUGAUAUAUGUUCAGUAUUCAUCUUAUUGUUUGGAGAAAAAUAUGCUACUAAGCUCAUGGAAUCAGUAGCAUUAUUUUAUUUAAGAUAUGAGAUGUAUAUUAAUAUGGAACCUGUUUUAAAGAAACUAACAAUUUUAGAUACUUUAAUUCGACUAGAAGAUGAAGAAUUAUAUCAUUUUAUUACAGAGGCUCAUGUCUUGCCAUAUUAUUGUCUUUCUUGGGUAAUUACAUGGUGCAGUCAUGAUCUGGAUAAUCUAGAAACGAUUACACGUCUUUUUGAUCUAUUUCUUUCAUCUAAUCCUUUUAUGGUUAUCUAUUUUUCUGCAGCACUUGUAUUAUCAAAACGAAAUGAAAUAGUAACAUUACCUGCUGGAGAUACAAGUACGAUACAUACAUAUCUAGCAAAGUUACCGAAAAGUCUAGAUCAUGUGGAGACCCUCUGCCAAAAAGCAUGUCAACUUGAAGAAGCUUAUUCAGUUCUUGAAUUACAAUAUCAAAGUUCAGUAGCCCUUGAUCAGGUAUCUACUGUGAAUCGAUUUGAACAGGAUUGGUUACCCAUCAAAUCAUUAGAGGACUUGAAUCAUACUAUUCAAUAUCAAGUUAUACCUAUUUUGAAAGAUGAAAAGGAACGACUGCCGAUUGAAUUAAAAUCAAAUACGAAUUCAGAAAAGAAGAUGAAUAACGAUAAUUCAAUAUUACAAAGACUUUCUCAUUUAAAUAGAAAAGAUGCUUUAUUAUAUACUUUAGUCACCGUAAGUGCAAGUGUAGGCUUAUUAGCCAUACUUGUAUCUAAUUCAGAUUUAAUAAGGGAAUGGUUAUUAACUGGUGUAUAAACUUUAUAACGAAUAUAAAUAAAUAUUGUACAAUAAUAAUAUAAUAUUAAUGUGUGAGUGAGUGAGUGAGUGAGUGUGUGUGUGUGCGUGUGUAUGUGUGUGUUUAUAAUGGCUUUCUUCCUAAUGUUGAUAUCAUUGGCCAUAUACACUC